CUCACACACACACACACACACAUGGGGCAGGGUGUGCACACCCCUCCUCUCUCUCACACACACACGGGGCAGGGUGUGCACACCUGUCCUCUCACACACACACACGGGGCAGGGUGUGCACACCUGUCUUCUCACUCACACACACACACACACAUGGGGCAGGGUGUGCACACCCCUCCUCUCUCUCACACACACACGGGGCAGUGUGGGCACACCUGUCCUCUCACACACACACACGGGGCAGGGUGUGCACACCUGUCCUCACACACACACACACACACGGGGCAGAGUGUGCACACCUGUCCUCUCUCUCACACACACACACGGGGCAGAGUGUGCACACCUGUCCUCACACACACACACACACACGGGGCAGAGUGUGCACACCUGUCCUCUCUCUCACACACACACACGGGGCAGGGUGUGCACACCUGUCCUCUCUCUCACACACACACACAGGGCAGAGUGUGCACACCUGUCCUCUCACACACACACACACACACGGGGCAGGGUGUGCACACCCCUCCUCUCUCUCACACACACACGGGGCAGUGUGUGCACACCUGUCCUCACACACACACACACACACGGGGCAGAGUGUGCACACCUGUCCUCUCUCUCACACACACACACGGGGCAGAGUGUGCACACCUGUCCUCACACACACACACACACACGGGGCAGAGUGUGCACACCUGUCCUCUCUCUCACACACACACACGGGGCAGGGUGUGCACACCUGUCCUCUCUCUCACACACACACACAGGGCAGAGUGUGCACACCUGUCCUCUCACACACACACACACACACGGGGCAGGGUGUGCACACCCCUCCUCUCUCUCACACACACACGGGGCAGUGUGUGCACACCUGUCCUCUCACACACACUCACAGGACAGUGUGUGCACACCUGUCCUUCCACACACACAUACACAGGGCAGUGUGUGCACACCCCUCCUCUCUCUCUCACACACACACACGGGGCAGGGUGUGCACACCUGUCCUCUCACACACACACGGGGCAGUGUGUGCACACCUGUCCUCUCUCACACACACACGGGGCAGGGUGUGCACACCUGUCCUCUCUCUCACACACACACACACACGGGGCAGGGUGUGCACACCUGUCCUCUCUCACACACACACACGGGGCAGUGUGUGCACACCUGUCCUCUCACACACACAGGGCAGUGUGCACACCUGUCUUCUCUCACACACACACAGGGCAGAGUGUGCACACCUGUCCCCUCACACACAGGGCAGUGCGUGCACACCUGUCCUCUCUCUCACACAAACAGGGCAGCACACACACACCGUGCUCACACACACACACCCAGUUUCCACAUGCAGUAGCACAUGCACACCUAUUCUGA